GAAAGAAUGGAAGUAAACGGAUCCGGAUACGCUUUACUGAGGAGGCAAAUUAGUGGAUUUCCGUUUCGGGUUUUGUGUGUUUUGGGAGAGCGGCGUGCAACUUCUGUAGUGCAUCGGUAUUGACAACAGGCCUGGGUCCCUCUGAGAGAUUGUCAUGGCCCAAUACUUGAGGUAUUUCACCACAGUGGGUGAUGAGCAGCCUGGCCAGUGGGAGGAGGAGGAAGAAUUGCACGCAGACAGUGAUGAACUGGGUCCUUCCACUGGGCAGUGCCCUGAAACCCUGACCUUCAGGGAUUCCCUGAAAAGACUCUACAGCUCUGCACGCUUUCAGGUAUUGGUGGUGUGUUUAGUUGUCCUGGAUGCCAUUUUUGUUCUGGCAGAGCUGCUUGUAGAUUUAUCCAUUAUCCAGCUGGAACAUGGCCAUGUUGCACCUGAGGUUUUUCACUACCUCAGCCUGGCACUUCUCACAUUCUUCAUGGUGGAGCUCGCUGGCAAACUGUUUGCAUAUCGCCUUGAGUUCUUCCAGCAUAGGUUUGAGGUGUUUGAUGCUUUGGUGGUGAUCCUGUCUUUUGUGCUGGACAUAGUAUUCAUCUUUCAUGAUGAUAUAUUUGAUGGAAUGGGUCUACUCAUCUUGCUGCGUCUCUGGAGGGUUGCUAGAAUCAUUAAUGGGAUUCUCGUGUCUGUAAAAACUCGUGCAGACCAGAAGAUGCACAAGUUGAAGGCCAGCUAUGACCAUCUCGUACAAAGAGUCACAGAACUACAACAGCAUAUUGAUAAACUAAUGAUCAUUGGUCCGGAGAUUCUCUGGCUUAGUGAUCAAUCCUGGAAUCAGACUUCUGACACCAUAAACAAGGAGACAACCUCAUCUUUGUGGAUUUUUAUUGCAAAAAGACAGGAGUCUUUGCAAAGAGAGGAAAAGGUAUUUAUUACGAGUUGUCACUCCUUACUAAAGAUCAGACUAAAAGUCCUUUCGUCAUAUUAGAGUGAGCUACAGAGAGAGGCAAAACAAGACAGUUACAGUAUCUAUGUCCAGCUCUAUACACAUUGUAGGAACAACAUCACAUGAGGAACAGCCUGACUGGGAGAACUACAAGCCACAACAUGUCAAAACAUGUUAAAGUUGAAGGUAGAACUAAUAUAGCUAUUUGGUGUAUAUUAGGGUGUCCCAAAAAAAUGUAUUCACACUUUAAAUGACAUUUGUGAAUUAUUUUACAUGUUAAAAAUUAUUCAAUCAAGAUCAAGUUUACCAUUAUUUAAAGUGUGUAUACAUUUUUGGGGGGGACACCCUGUAUGUAAAACAUAAAUCUGCCAACACAGACGGUUGUUGAUAUGACAAGUGCUUUAAAUGCCAAAGAUGAACAGCCUGAAUGCUGGACAGGUGGAGAUUCAAAUCAUAACCUUGCAAAAUGAUCUUCACCUCAAAGACUACCAGGAUGCACCAAACCAUGUCUUGUUGAUACAGCAGUGGACGCACAGGUGUGCAUGUACAGCAGCUAUGAAUGUUGUAAGCCUGUUUGCUUCAAUCUAUCUCUGUGAAUAAGCAUUUUCUGACAUGAACUUAAUCAAGAACAAAGAAUAUGCCUCACUGAUGCACAUCUGAAAGUUACACACCAGGUUAGAAUACACUGGUGAACAGCAUGUAAUAUCAGUCUUCCCACUAACAGAGAAACAGACACCAGUCAUUAUCGAUGGCAGCAUACCAGUGCCAUGGUAACUUUGAAUUAAAAUAUUGAAGAAUUGCGUUCUAAAUAAAUGUUCCCAUUAUGCUCGUCUCUACGUAGUUUGAGCUCUCGUUUUGAUGGCGACCUGACACCAUAGGAAAGCUGCUACAGAUUGUAGCCAAAUGAAGGGCGAGAGGCUGCGUUGCGAAACCAAAAUUCUUGGGAUUCAAAAUAUGUUUCCUCACAAAUGCCAAGGAUGGCACAGAGGGCAGGACAUGCUGUGGGAGUAAGAUGGGAUGUUCAUGAUGCAAUGCAGGAGGCACCGGAACUGGACCAAGUCAUCAAUGAUGAGUUCCACAACGAUGCACCAAAGGUAGCUACGAUGGAUCUUUUUCAGAUUGGAGAUGACUCAGAUGCUUCUUUUGAUGUCUUGACCAAGGAUGUGUAAUAUAGUGGAUAAACUGCACUAUGCACAAACAUUUUAUGUACAAAUAUUUCAUGCAAAAAAAUGUUUAAAUUAAACAUUGUUAAUGAUUUUAUUUAAGACUAAUACGUGUUAUCAACAGCAUUAAUAAAAUGUUAUGCCAUCGUUGAGCAUUUAUUUUAGUUGGUUGAGGGAUUCUGUUCUGACAAUUACAAUUACAUUGUGGCUUGUCCCGAGAUAUGUAUUACCGCUGCAUCAGUACAUGCACAAAGAUUAUUAUUAAUGAUUGUUGUACAGACAAUUUUUUUGAAAACAAAAUAAGUACAAACAAUAAAAGCACAAACCUAGCAAAAUAGAAAUACAGAUAAUUACUAAUAUUUUGAGCAUAUGGAUAGCAGCAAAUUUGUGGUGUGCAUUGUACAUUGGUAGAAAGGUUUUAAUUUUUUUUAGGUCAACAUUGGGGGUGUGCAUUCUACUUCGGGACGCAUUAUGCAUAAGAAAUUACGGUAAUUGAUAAACAUGGUGGAUCAUACUGAAAAAGGGUAAUUUUUCAGAUUAAAUGUUGUGAUGUAAGUAAAUUUAACCAUUAUUGAGAAUAAUAAAGUGCUGAAUAAUGACAUCUGUUUCCCAACUUGUCAUUGUUGAUACUUAUUGUUGGAAAUCAUUAAGGUGAUUAGUGUCUCCACAUAUGUGCGUAUCAUUAAUCAUUAUUACUCAUGUAUAACUAUAGGUAAACUGAGCAAAUUUGUUAUUCAGGGAAGCCUAUCAAACUGGUCGCCCUUUGUAUGAUUCAGUACCCAUGAAGUAGCUCUCACUUUCAAAAAUGUUGGUGAUCCCCUUCUCUAAUCGAAUAUAAAAAUCUUCAGCUGUGGAUGCAGGUGAAACAGGCAUUACCACCACCAACUCCGGAAUUGUCCUCAGACCAGUGCCAUGUGUUGGAAUACUCAGAGGACACAUUUGCAUGACUCCCCGACAGAUGACAUCACCCUGGCAUUGUGGGCUGACAAAUCCGUAAUUUCUCAGACACUGUUUGACACCAUACGACAUAUACACCCUGACUUUAGAUUAACACUGAAAAUCUUUCGCUUUCCUGUUCAUACCCAUAUGCCGUCACUGCACUGGGCGCAUGCGCCCUGAGCCUGCAAUGGAAUCAUUGCUCGUUAACACUCUGCUUCCUAGUAGUCCUCAACUUGCCGCAUAAAACCUAUCUCGGUGCUGACGUACUUGUCCAACUGGCUGUUCAAGUUGACACGAUUAACAAUGUUUUGGGAUCAUGACCAAAUAACUAUGCCAGCCAUGCUUGUCAACUGCUAAACCUCAAGUCUGGACAAAUCAUCCCAGAGGCUUAUGAAGUCUUGAUCGAAGAUGAGGUGCUCGUAAAAGUGUCAACUGUGAACUUCCCAAACCCGCUGGUCACACACACUAACCAAUUGAUAACCGGGCAAACACACAUUCUUUCAACCUUGGCCGUGCCAGUGGGACUUACCGAGGGGAUAAUAUUAUCAGACUGGACCUGGCUACAGACCAGCAUCUGGUGAUCCAUAGGCUCAGUAUAAUCCCAGCUGCACCCAAAAGUAAGGACUCUAAAAAGGGUGGGUACUCUGAACUGCUGUUUGAUGCGUAGCCACAAACAUCAGUUAGGACCCGUUCCCCGACCCGAAGGCGGAGGGAGACUACCCUCUCAUCCAACGGGGUAAACCCCAACAUACCGUCGCCAAGCCAGUGGGCAAUAAGUAUAUCCACACUUGCUCUGCGCCUCUCACCGUUGACAACUCCAGAGUGGAACAGACUCCAAACCCCUCCAAUGACAUUUAGUCGGAAAUUCUUGGCCUCACGCACCAGCUCGGGCUCCUUCCUUGCACUCGACCCCUACGGCCCCUCUCACAGGUGGUGAGCCCAUGAGAAGGGGGACCCAUGUUACGCUUUUGGGCUGUGCUAGGCCGAGCCCCAUGGGUGCAGGCCCGUGCAGGUAUGUUCAUCUGAUGAAAUUUUCAGGUCAAUAGCACCUUUGGAAAUAUAUUUAGUGAGAAAAAAGGUGACGGUAAAUACUUAUUUCAGCCGCUGUAUCCACAUAUUGAUACUUGAUGACUGAAACAAAAUAACUUAUUUGUCUCUUCUCAUCUAUCCUAGCAACGUGACAACCAGAAGCUUCAGACACUUCUGAAGAAGCAUGGCAUUGACAUCUGAUUGCUGGUUUUAAUUUGAAUUAUUAUUCAACUUUCUGUAUUUUUUUUUGUAUGAGUAAAUAUAUGGAACAUU